UACCUCUCUCAGAACAGCAUGGCGCGACGCACACGGAGCAGCAGGGCCUGGCACUUCGUCCUGAGUGGGGUGCGGCGCGAGGCGGACACUCGGGCAGUCGCCUUGGCCACCGGCACGCGUGGUUGGGGCUACGACUCUGACGGGCAGCACAGCGACUCAGAUUCGGAGCCAGAGUUUUCUUCCCUCUCACCUUCCAUCCCGAGUGCCAUCCCCGUGACCGGAGAGUCCUACUGCAACUGUGAGAACCAGAGUGAAGCGCCGUACUGCUCCAGCCUGCACGCCCUCCACCGCAUCAAGGACUGCCAGUGUGGCGAGGAGGAUGAGUAUUUCGACUGGGUGUGGGAUGACCUGAAUAAGUCGACGGCCACCCUGCUGACCUGCGACAACCGCAAGGUGAACUUCCACAUGGAGUACAGCUGCGGCACCGCCGCCAUCCGUGGGAACAAAGAGCUGGCGGACGGGCAGCACUUCUGGGAGAUCAAGAUGACCUCCCCGGUCUAUGGCACAGACAUG